GCCUCUCCCCCCACUCUCCCAUCCCCUCCCCCCUCCCUCUCUCUCUCUCUCACACACUCGGCGCAAUGGCGGAGCAGCAGCAAUUUUAUCUCCUGCUCAGCAACCUCCUGAGCCCUGACAACGCCGUCAGGAAACAGGCCGAGGAAGCCUAUGAGAAUAUUCCUGGCCAUUCGAAGGUCACGUUUCUCUUGCAAGCACUCAGGAAUACAGCAGCUGCAGAAGAGGUUAGACAGAUGGCUGCUGUUUUAAUGCGGCGCAUGCUGUCUGCUUCUUUUGAAGAGGUAUUCCCAAGCCUAACCCCUGAUGUACAAAAUGCAGUCAAAGAUGAGCUGCUUCUGGGUAUCCAGGUGGAGGGGUCGUCGAACAUCAGGAAGAAGACCUGUGACAUUGCAGCAGAGCUCUCUAGAAAUCUGAUUGAUGACGAUGGCAACAACCAGUGGCCGGAAAUUUUGAAAUUUCUCUUUGAAUCCGUCAGCUCCCAGAACGUGGCGUUGCGUGAAGCUGCUUUGCACAUUUUCUGGAAUUUCCCAGGAAUUUUUGGAAACCAACAACAACAUUAUCUUGAUGUUAUCAAGCGAAUGUUGCUUCAAUGCAUGCAAGACCAGGAAAACUCAACGAUUCGAAUGCUUGCUGCCAGGGCUGCAGCAGCAUUUGUGCUGGCUAAUGAGAAUAAUGCUCCUCUUCAAAAGCACUUUGCCGAUAUGCUACCUGGAAUCCUACAGGCUGUCAAUGACUCCUGUUAUCAAAAUGAUGAUUCGGUGCUGAAAUCAUUGGUGGAGCUUGCAGACACAGCACCAAAAUAUUUACGUCCUCAUCUUGAGCCCACCUUAACAUUAAGCCUCAAGCUCUGUGCAGACAGUGGACUGCAAAACAUGCAGCGUCAGCUGGCACUGGAAGUGAUUGUGACUUUGUCUGAGACGGCUUCUGCCAUGCUGAGAAAACACAGCAAUAUUGUAUCACAAGCUAUUCCACAGAUGCUGGCAAUGAUGGUAGAUUUAGAGAAUGAUGAAAACUGGUCAAAUUCGGAUGAACUUGAAGAUGAUGACUUUGACAGCAAUGCUGUUGCUGGUGAAAGUGCUCUGGACAGGAUAGCCUGUGGCCUCGGCGGUAAAGUAGUGCUUCCGCUGAUAAAAGAACACAUCAUGCAGAUGUUACAAAACCCUGACUGGAAAUACAGGCACGCGGGCUUGAUGGCCUUGUCUGCUAUUGGGGAAGGUUGUCAUCAGCAAAUGGAAGGGAUCCUCAAUGAGAUUGUGAAUUUCGUCUUGCUGUUUCUUCAAGAUCCACACCCAAGAGUGAGAUAUGCAGCUUGUAAUGCAAUAGGCCAGAUGGCCACAGACUUUGCUCCAACCUUCCAAAGAAAAUUUCAUGACAAAGUCAUUUCAGCUCUCUUACAAACCAUGGAAGAUCAGGCUAAUCCACGCGUUCAAGCUCAUGCUGCUGCUGCUCUUAUUAAUUUCACUGAAGAUUGCCCCAAAUCGCUGCUGCUCCCAUACCUCGAUAAUCUAGUAAACCACCUGCACGUUAUCAUGGUGGCUAAAUUACAGGAGCUCAUACAGAAAGGGACUAAGCUGGUAUUGGAGCAGGUUGUGACAUCCAUUGCUUCUGUGGCUGAUACUGCAGAGGAGAAAUUUGUCCCAUAUUACGACCUGUUCAUGCCAUCAUUGAAGCAUAUCGUGGAAAACGGAGUACAGAAAGAGCUCCGGCUCCUGAGAGGGAAAACCAUUGAGUGCAUCAGCCUGAUAGGCCUCGCUGUUGGUAAAGAUAAGUUCAUGCAAGACGCCUCGGAUGUGAUGCAGUUGCUUCUAAAAACCCAAACUGAUUCCAGUGAAUUGGAGGAUGAUGACCCACAGAUAUCUUAUAUGAUCUCUGCUUGGGCAAGAAUGUGUAAGAUCCUUGGUAAGGAGUUCCAGCAGUAUCUUCCUGUUGUUAUGGGGCCGCUGAUGAAGACUGCUUCGAUUAAGCCUGAAGUGGCCCUCCUAGACACACAAGAUAUGGAGAACAUGAGUGAGGAUGAUGGCUGGGAAUUCGUAAACCUUGGUGAUCAACAGAGCUUUGGAAUCAAAACCGCAGGGUUAGAGGAGAAAGCAACGGCUUGUCAAAUGUUGGUCUGUUAUGCGAAAGAGCUAAAGGAAGGGUUUGCUGAGUACACUGAGCAAGUGGUGAAACUGAUGGUGCCGCUUCUUAAGUUUUAUUUUCACGACGGUGUUCGUGUUGCUGCAGCUGAAUCAAUGCCUCUGCUACUUGAAUGUGCCCGUGUCCAAGGGCCUGAAUAUGUGACACAAAUGUGGCAUUUUAUGUGUGAUUCCCUCAUCAAAGGAAUUGGUACAGAGCCAGAUUCUGAUGUUCUUUCUGAAAUUAUGCAUUCUUUUGCAAAGUGUAUAGAGUUGAUGGGUGAAGGCUGCUUAAAUAAGGAACAUCUUGAGGAACUAGGAAACAUCAUGAAGGGAAAAUUGGAGGAACACUUCAAAAAUCAAGAAUUGAGACAAGCAAAAAGACAAGAUGAAGACUAUGAUGAACAAGUUGAAGAAAACUUGCAAGACGAAGAUGAUAGCGAUGUUUACAUCUUGACUAAAAUUUCGGACAUCCUGCAUUCAAUGUUCAGCUGUUACAAAGAAAAGGUGCUGCCGUGGUUUGAACAAAUUCUACCACUAAUAGUCAAUCUAAUCUGUCCACACAGGCCAUGGGCAGACAAGCAGUGGGGUUUGUGCAUCUUUGAUGACGUAAUUGAGCAUUGCAGUCCUACGUCCUUUAAAUAUGCAGAGUACUUCCUGAGGCCCAUGUUGCAAUACAUCUGUGACAACAGUCCUGAGGUCAGACAAGCAGCAGCAUAUGGCGUCGGAGUUAUGGCACAGUUUGGUGGAGAGAAUUACAGGCCAUUCUGUACCGAGGCAAUCCCGCUCCUGGUAGGAGUUAUUCAAAUGGAAGGGUCCAAAACCAAAGAAAAUAUUAAUGCAACGGAAAACUGUAUAUCUGCAGUAGGCAAAGUCAUGAAGUGUAGACCAGAAUGUGUAAAUGUCAAUGAGAUUUUACCUCACUGGCUUUCUUGGCUACCACUGCAUGAGGACAAGGAGGAAGCAGUUCACACUUUCAGUUAUUUGUGUGACCUUAUUGAAAGUAACAAUCCAAUUGUUCUUGGGCCUAAUAAUUCCAGCCUCCCCAGAGUGUUUGCUAUCAUUGCUGAUGGUCUCACUAGUGAAGCUAUAAAGAAUGAAGAUGCCUGUAGUAAACGGCUGGCAAAUGUAAUUCGACAAGUACAGGGUUCAGGAGGGCUGUGGACCGAGUGCAUGACAUCGCUUAAUGAAGCCCAGCAGGCAGCAAUACAAAAUCUGUUGAACACUGCUUGAAUGGCCUUAAAUAUUAACAUGCAAAAAAAAAAAAAUCAUUCAUGAUUUGUCCUUUUUCUCCCUCUUCUGUGAGAGAACUGUUGUGUGGGUCACUUAUGCAGACCGCAGUGAGUACCAGGAAGCUCUGUGGUUCAGUACGUUCUGUAUUAAGACUGCUGCAAAUUACAGAGGAAUAUCUUCAUAAUCGCUCCCCCCCCCCCACCCCCAUCUUACAGCACUGAUAGUUAUUUUUCUACUUGUAUCACCAGAACAUGGCACAAAUGCAGUCAGUUUAAACAAACAAAAACCUUUCAUAUCGACCAUAACUAUUUUGAAACAAGUUGCUCUAGUGUUGGUAUGCAUUAAACUGGUAAGAUAUUUCUAUACAUCUAGUAUUGUACCUCUAAAUAGUGUGGAAAUUGUUUUCUUUUUCAAGGUAGGCAAUAGAUUCUCCUGCCGGUUAAACCCGCAGCAUGCAAGAUCUCUCAUUUGUGCUAUUGUUUUUGAUAAUGCUGCCCUCUUUCCUUUUUUUUCGAGCACUGAAUGAUGUCCUGCAGACGAUUCUGAAAUGUGAAUUUCUUUAGUGUGUUCAGCAGCACACCCCAGUCCAAUAAAAAUGAUAAAAUGCAAUGGCAAAUCGAUGUGAAGUGCGCCUUUAUUAACUCAAACGCAGCUUUCGUUUGAUGCCCCUUCACCUAUGAACAGACAAAUCUGCUGAUGAAUUUACAUGGUGACUUGAUGUUUUAGCUGCUGGAGGAUACCACUUCCCUAUAACGACAGUCUUCAGGCAGUGCUAAUUUGACUCCAGCAGUGAGUGAGGGUAGCAAGAUUGAGCUAUUUCUAAAGACAAAUUGGUAAUUGUACCUUGCUUUAUUAUGCAACUUCAAACUUGCAAUAAUAAAAGUAGCAUUAUUAAAUUGUCUGGUGUCACAGCUUUAUAUACAUUCAAAAGGCACAUGGUUUACAUUUCAACCAUUGCUUUAAAUGAUUUUCGUUCAUAUUUCAGUACAUUGCCGCUUCCAUCCUGAUGUAUGUUUUAUAGGAAACAUACCCUGGAAACUAUGAAACGGUGACAUUUCUGCUCUUUGGAGUAGUUUGAAAAGUUUUGUUGAGAUGUGCAAACUUUAGAGCAGGGAUUGCAUGGCACUGUGACACUAACAGCUAGGAGCCAGAGAACAGCACUACACUUAGUGCAUGGGUGUAAAGCAGUUUUAAUUUUUUUUAUUAAACAUUUAGGACAAAUGAAGAGAUGUUCCACAAAAACUGGCUGACUUAAUUUCCCUUACAUUUAAAUAACUUGAAAGUAGAAGUAAAUUUAGCAAAGGAAUCAAAGUAAUAUUUGAAACAACCUGGAACUUUAAAGAGUAAUGGUGGACCUCUAAUUCCACUAAUAGCUGCUCUGGCAGUAUUAAAAAUAUUUAUAGUUAAUUUUCUUAGACCUCAUUUUUUUUCACAUUGCUAAAUUUUGAUUUUACUAACUUCUGUAGAAAGCAACUCUCAAUGUAAUUGCAAUUUCAGAAUAAACAAUGCAAACACGCCUUGUUCUGGUAAUGUCUUUUUGUAGUUUACAUUUUGUUCUUGGGCUUGUCAGUGUUUGCCAAAUAAAUAAACAUUUUAGACUUGCUGUUUUUAAAAUCUGGAAAUAAAUGAAAAGAAUGCUGUC